UCAAGUGUCACCAGAGAAAUGAAGAAAUCUCCAAAUCAAUCAAACCAAAUCGAAAUCAAAUAUCCUUGACCCUUGUUAUAACUUGAAACUUGAAUUUGUAAUUUGUAUUGACUUUUUGUAAAUAUUCGAAAUAAUCUAAAUAAUAGCUUUAUUUGAAUCAACAAUACAAACUGGACUAUAAUAGCAGCCAUAUCUUGAUAAUCAAAGCACUAAAGUUCUAAACCCUCGAUCCUCACUGCAGGCCAAAUGCCCGCGGUCACAUCUACAACGCCUGAAGAACAGAAUGAUGCAGAUCAGAAAAUGUGGAAUGCUCUUAGAAGAUACAUAAUACGAGAAAGGCAGAGAAAGAAAGAAGAAUAUGAAGCUGAGGUGGAAGAAGAGCGAUUGAAGAAAGAGCGAGAAGCUAGAGAGAGACAGGAUGUUAUGACUUUGGAAGAAACAAAAGAACAAAUUGAUCAGCUGGAACUGAAACUGAAGCAGUUGGAGAAAGAGAAGCAGCAGUUAUUCAUGCAACUAAAGAGAGUGCUCAAUGAAGAUGAAAUAAGGAAACGCCAACAACAGAAAGAAACCAAUGAAAUGCAACCAAUGAAAAUACCAAUGGGCAACAUGCCUAUGCCGAUGUUCCCAAUGCCAACGUCUACCGGACAGGGUGAGACGCCUCAGACUCAGGGCAGACCUCCACCCCUUACGUCACAUGGACUCAAUAAAAACAAGCACUCGAACUAUAUGUUCGUUUCGCAACAGCAGAACAUGGUUCGGGGCCCGAUUCAGUCAAGUGUGAAACGUCCCCGCAGCCCGUCACCUACAUAUGCUCUGUAUACACACAGGCUGCACCAACCUCCGAUAAAGCAUCACCAAGUUUACUCUGACCAUAAGGUAGAGGAUGGUCGAAUGGGCCGCCAAAUGGCGCGCGCAGUUCUUUGGAACAAAUCCUCCCAAUACGGGUCGGGCGUGAGCGGAUCCAGUGUCCAAUCAGGAGCGUACUACGCAAUGCCCACGUCGGGGGUGGUGGUGACGGAGCGGCCGCCGCCAUUGUUGUACGCACAGCAUCCGCACACGCCGCACCCGCACACGCCGCACUCGCCGCACACGCCGCACACGCCGCACACUCCGCACACGCUGCACCAGCCGCACCACUCGGGCCUGUUGUAUGCACCCGCGCAACAACACAUGUACUUGGACAACAUGCUGAAGAGAGAAGGGCAACAACAGCCGGAACCGAAAAAGGAACCUCAGCCGCAAGUAUUGAUAGGUUUGAGCGAGGCGCACCACCCAUCGGUGAGCAGCGGAGUGGUGUACGCGCAGCCGCCGUCCUCCAGCAGACAUCUCUCCAUACACCCCACUGCGCCCGCGCAGCAGCAUUCCAACAUUCAGUCCGCAAAACCGGGUAGCAUAACCCAGGGUUACCCAGUGCAGCAGUCUAACCCGAAUGUACAGAACCCGAACAUGUAUCCCAACAGACACCGUUACUAGCAGCAACUUCACAGGCGCCACCACAAACGCUUCAGGCGGUGCGCUUAUAACUGAUACAAUAUUAGGAAAUGGACUUUUACAAUACUCUUUUGAAGUGUUACUGAAAAAUUGUAUCAGUUUUUGAUAGUUGUUCAUGUUGUAAUCUCAAGAUAUAUACAGGAUGCUGGGGAAAAUUUGUCAUAACUUUGGGGUUAUAUUCUUUACCGAAAAUUAUAUAAUAUGAUCAAGAAACACGUGUUCUAAAAUGGGGUAAAUAAUAUUUCUUUUGUAAAUAGAUCUUAAAAUGUGUCCCUUAAAAUGGAUAGUCAAAAUUAUUUUAAAUAAUAUAAGUGGACUCGUCAACACCUUAAAGUUAUGGGAAAUACUCCCGAGCACCCUGUAUAUCUCAAAAUAUAUAUAGAAAGUAUUUUGGAGUGCGCAAAUUUUUUAAUUUUGCAUAUAAACGAAAUUUAAUAGACACGUAUUUUAUUAACUAAAAUAUAUCCAAUAUGUCGUUAACUGAAGAUAUUUACUUUAAAACGGGUUUUUAGGAGGCCCGCCGCGGCGGUAGCGGUUGAAUUUUUUUUUUAUUAUAUUAUUUUUGGAUUCAGAAUUUGAAAUAAUACAUUAUAAUAUAAUAAGUACUGUAAAUCUAUAUAAUAAUAAUAAUAUCUUAUUAACGAUACAGAAGCAUCAAGAAAAAUUUGCACACUGUAAAAGGUAUCUCCCUGUAUAUCAUAUGAUAUAUUAUUCAUUUUUAUAGUAUGUAGUUUAUUGAGAAUAGGGUAAUUUCCAAAAUAAGAAAAUAUCUAUAAUUGUACAUUGUAAAAUGAAAUAGUUUUAGUAAUAAGCUAUCGGAAAAUGUAAAUUUUAGUUUACAAAACCAUGAAUAAUUAAUAAAUAGUUGUAAAUAAAUGACGUCAUUAUUUAGUGUUUUUGGAUAUGGAAUCUUUAAGGUAAGGGAAAUGGGAGUAGGAUGUAGGUAGUGUUUUGUUUAUUUAGAUUUCAUAUUUAUGUUAAUUUGAAUAUGUAUAAAUAAACAAAGACGUUAUUUCUAUAAAAUUAAACUUUUCAGUUACGUGCAUUUUAUGAAAUUAAAUAUCACUUGUCUUCUUGUUGACCAGCGUGGUGGACCAUCAGCCUAACCCUCUCAUUCUGAGAUUAGACUCGUUCUCAACAGUGAGCCGAAUAUGGGUUGUUAAUGAUGAAGACGAAAAGAAUAAAGUUAUCUGAAUAACUUGUAUUUAUAGAAGCAGAAAAGAAAUCGCGUGAGUCCACUUAAUAGUGUUAUUAAAGGUCUAUAAAAAGUUGUAUAAAACUAUAUAGAUUAUAAUUAUAUUUAUUGUAAGAUGAUACUGUAAGAACAGUAAAAUGUUAAUUUCAUAGUAAUUAAAAUAAGUUCAAAAGUGAUUAGGAAAGUUAGUUUAUUAGUAGUAAGUGUAGUAAUUAUAAUUACAUAUUUAAAAACAUAUAAAUAUAUUUCACUUGAUUAUGUAAUUAACAUUAAAUAAGUAAUUAUAUACAUUUUAUAACUGUAUAAA